CGCCGAGGCGCGAGGCUGCCCUCUCCUCGCCGCUGAAUCCUACCGGCUGACAACUUGUCCCCCUCCGCUUGCGCAUCCGCUGCCCAUGGGCGCUGCUGUUUACACACUCCGCUGCUCCGCCGCCCUGGGCUGUCCGGUGCGCCUCUGCGGUCGGUUCGGGACGGUAUCGGGCUCCGCUCUCGUGAAUGAAAUAGCGCGACGGGGGUAUGCGAGUGACUGCGAAACUCCCCAGCAGCCGGGCUCCCGGGGGGCCAGCCCCUGGUGAGAGGGAUUAACGACGGAGCGGAGCCGCGGCUCGUUGCGGAAAAAGCCGAGUCUGACCGCAGACUGGCGAGGAAACGCACCGCGAGGGGAACGGGCUCCGGAGCACAGAGCAGCGGAACAGAACCGCGGUUACCACAAUACAUGAAUAAUAAGGACCAGAGCAAAGAGAGGUGCCUCCUCUCCCUCGCCGCUUCCCCCCCUGGAUCACCAUCGAGUUUUCUGGCUUGCAGGUCCAUCCACAUCGUGGCCCUGGGCAGCGAGUGCCCCGGCGGAGUCGGCCCCGGGGAGGAGAUCAUGGGCCAGGGACAGCUACAGGGCGGCCUGUUGUGGAGUUACCUGGGUCACGGGGCGCUGGUGGGACCUUGCGACCUGGAGAGCAGCCUGCACAACCCGGCCUUCAUGGAGUACACCUCGCGUGUCUUCGGAGAUGUCACUGUCGUGGUUCGGGAUUGUCCCAGCUGGGACUUGUUGGACAGCGAUUGGGCCAGCGUACGGAAAGUUCUAGAGCAGGCGGACAUCCUGGUCAUUAAAUAUUCAGUCACUGACAAGCUGGCCUUCCAGCAGGUCAGGAACGGCUACGCCCCGAGACUCCGCCCGCUCCUGAGGCACUGGGGUGUACCUGUCAUCCUAGUCGCUGUCGGAGCGCGGCUGAACGAUGAGGGCCCUCCCUGUACGUGCCCGUUGUGUGCGUCUGACUGGAGCAGCUGUGUGCCCCACAGUGAAGGUCUACAGCUGUCCCGGGACCUGGGGGCCACCUACCUGGAGUUGCCUUCUCUCAACCAUGUCUUUGUGGGUCGCUACUUUGGCAGCGUGCUGGAGUACUUCAUGAUUCAGUGUCUGAAACACAAAGCCAAAGAGAGGCCAGAGAAGAGGCGAGGAAAUAAAGUGAACGAGCUUCGUCCCCCUCACUUAGAACAACCAGCUCGUCUUCCCCCCAUCCGUGUGGAGGAGUCCAGCUUCUCCCAGGACAUGCAGUGGUUGUUGGAGCGUGGCGUGCAGUUCGCCGAUGUGGCUUUCUAUGCCGGGGACUCUGGGAAAGAAUUGGGGUGGGCGCACGCGGCCGUGCUGUGUGCUGUCAGCCCGUACUUCAGACAGCUGCUCCUGGGGCCCAAGACCAGGGAGCGUCCACAGUCGCGGUGUGUUUGCAGAGAGCGGGAUGGAGGCCCCCAUUCGCUGCUCUCCACCUGGGACGGGGGGAUUAUUGAUGACAUGCCACGAUCAGAUGGGCACAUGACAGGAAGACUCUCCCGUCUGGUGGUGAAGGACCCCCUUCUGUGUAUGUGCUUGUGGGAGACUCUGAUGUUUAUUUACAGAGGCGCGUGGGAGUGGGAGCACCUCCAGGAGGCCCUGGAAGAGAAGCUGAAGAACUCGUUGGCUGUUGCUCAGCUUAUGGAGCGCAUACGAUCUCUCAUCGGGAGAGACAGGAGCCCUAGGGAUACCCCGAGUGCAAGGGCAGCUCAGCUCGGCCCCCAGACUCUUGUCAACCUCUUCAAUUCUCCUCUUUACUCUGAUGUCAUCUUCAUGGUGCAAGGGAGCGUACUGCCAGCCCACCGGGCAGUGCUGGUGGCGCGCUGUGACGUCAUGGCGGCAAUGUUCAGUGGAAAGUAUGCAGAGGCCCGGAGCCGAGUGGUGCCCAUCCACGGAGUCUCCUCAGAUACCUUCCUCUCUUUCCUGGAGUACCUCUACACUGACUCCUGCUGUCCCGCCAGUGUGCUGCAGGCCAUGGCCGUGCUGGUCUGUGCCGAGAUGUACCAGGUGAAACGUCUGCAGCACCUGUGCGAGGUGUGUGUGUGCGCUUACCUUCAGAGCAUGCCCAGUAGAGAGCUGGCAUCAACAGGUAUCAGCGUGGUCCGGCUACUCCGCAGAGCAAAGUGCCACAAUGCAGAGCAGCUGUACGUCUGGCUCCUCCACUUCAUCGCCAACAACUACCUAAUCUUCAGUCACAAACCUGACUUCCUGGAGCUCUCAGAGGAGGAGCGCGAGCAGGUGGAGAGGCUACGCUGGCCAUCCAGAGGCUACCUGCAGGAGCUCAGUGAGUACCAGCAGCGGCGCCGCAAACUACGCAAGUCCCGCUGCACAGUCAUGUGACCCCACCUGGAUGCCAAAAAGCCUGUGGAAACGAGGGGGGGGGGGGUCAGAGAAGGGAAUGAGAGGAGAAAAUAAAGACAAAGACUGUGACUGCUAGUCAACAUGUGGCGAAACAGUUUUUUCGGUUUGUUUUGCUGGAUGGAAGACCGACUCCAGGGGACACCGCUGCAGGGGAAAACACCAUAAGACUCCACAACCAAUAGGACAUCGUCGUAUGUAUGUCGAGCAGUGACAUGCACCAAUGUGACACACCUCUCUUCCCCUGAAGGAAUGUGUGUGUCCUUUGCAUAAUGACUAUUCCAUCAUGGUCACUACAAAACGACUGAUCCUUUAAACCCAAUAUGAAUUUAAAAUGACUGGCCACUGGCCAGAGGCUCUCUGAAAGAUUAUAUUUCUAUUGGCUGAUGCAAAAUGGUGGAUUUUGAAGAUGACCGCUGACACAAAAUGGCUCCACCACGAGUACAGAUUCAUCAAAUGACUACACAUUUGUUAGACAACAGAACCAGGAUCAUGUGCGAGGGUUUCAAACUACAGUGACGGGUAAUGUGACUUUGGGUUGAAUAAGCAGGAAGGAAACUGUGAAAGUGUUUUUCUCUCUACUCAACACCCGAGGAUGUCUGUGUCUCUUAUGUGCACUGGACAUGGGACUGCUCCAUCUUAAAUUAAACCCAUGAUGACCCAUAAUGCAUCUGUGUCUUGUUGGAUCUAAAACUUGUGAGGAUGUGUACACGCAGCGUUUCUUAAGCUGAAAUAACUACUGAGCCUCUAACUUGUCAGUGGCUCAGUGAGUAUUUCAUCUGAGUGGUGACCUACAUUAACACAGAGAGCAGAGCAGAAAGCAACUGGUAGCGUUGCUGGCAGCACAGUCACACUCAUUCUCAUCUGUAAUGUAACAGACCCUCAGUUUAGCACAGGAGCAGGACCGAUUUAAUUACAAUUCUUUUAUUAGAUUAGUUCAGAUCUAUAAUGCAAGAUCAAUUAGUGUCUCACAGCCAGACUGAUUUUAUUUCCAUGUGAGAUGGAAUACAUUUUGGCUGUAGUCUGUGUCAAAUGAGGACAUUUCACUUACUUGGAGAAAUUACUUGAAUAUUAAAUCUGAAAUUAAACUGCGCAUAGCCUGUAUCAAAAUCAAGCGCUCUGUUCACCGAAUCCAGAACAAUAAUCAAUGUACUUUUAACCAUCAUUUAAAGCCUGUGAGCUGGACUUUUACAUCACUGUCUUUGCCGGCUAAUAUGAAAUAAUGUUGAAUUCUUUAUGUACCUGCAGCAACAAAUAAUAAGGGUCUGUCUCUGUCACACUAAAAGGCAAAGGCCUUUUGUAGCAUUUAUGUGUACAGAAGGGGUAUAAAGAUUUAGGAGAAAGCAACCACUUCACAAACAUAAGAAGUUGGUUCACUACAACCACAAUGCCUCUGGGUGGAUACACAAUAUUUAUUUAUUUUUUAAUUUUUUUUGAGAAGUCAUUUUUAAUCAUAAUGAGAUUAUGAUUUAUCGGUGCUGCACUUAUUUUUAUAAACUACACUGUAUGUGGACAUUUAUGGGUUUUUUUUGUUUUUUGUUUUGGUUUUUUUUGUUGUUUUUUUUAAACAUUUUGAGCGGAGACAACUGGGUCAUACUAUUUUACAGUCCAAUGUUUCACUGGUAUUUACUUUAAAAAGGAUUGAGAAAUUUUUGAUUUGGAAAUAAACAAAAAAAAUUGGGGUAGAGAAGGACAGAACAACUUGUCAGAUAAACCUUCCGCAAAAUGAAAGCAAAAUAAGAUCAAAAGUGACAUUUGUGGGUACUUCAUCAUUAAUAAUCAACAAACUGCAAGUAGCUGUGUUUUUAUCCAGUUCUUGCAGUGCAGUAGCAACACGCUGUGUAUAUACUAUGGACCCCAAUCACUGUCAGAGUUUUGACAUCAUACAAGUGGUUUCAGUUGGUGUCUUUGACCGGUUGGUGUGUAUUUAACCACAAUGAAAACAAAGUGCUGCUGCAACAGUGUGUGUCUAGUUAGGAAAAAAAAAAAAAAGAAAAAGAAAAAUUACUCAGUAAAUAGCAGCUGAAACACUGGACUGUGAAACCUGGUUUACCCCAGUGCUGCAUCCACGCCCAGUAUGUGGACACACACAUGCGGCUCCACUGGGCCAGUGUUGUACAGACUGUAGAUAACAUGACGU